AUGACUGGAUUCUAUUGUCCCCAAGAGUUAGUUCGCGUGAUUCCGCCUCUGAUUGCGUCGUGGAUUAGCAGGGGGGCAACCAUGAUGGAGGUGGGUUUGAACCCGGGGGAGGAGCUGGACUUUGGGGGCAAUCAGGAGGACGACGACGACGCGGGUAGUAGACCAAACUUCUCUUCUUCCCCACUUGCUGCGACUCCAUGGUCGUCUCAACGAAGCACUCACACCUCCGGCCACCACGAAGCAAUCGCGGCGGAGACCGUCGAGCUCUCCAGACGACGGAUUGACUACUUCUCUCGUCGUAGCUCGUUUGAAUCACUGUGUGACUGGAGUCCCCAAGAGUUCGCCAUUCCGCCUCUGCCGCCGCGUAGCGUCGUCGUUGUCACCGGGGAGGCGGCGCAGUCAGGGGACGACGACGGGGACACGCCGCAGCAAGGAGCUGGGAUGGUGCGGCGGAACCGUCCUGACGACGGCGUCGAGGUGCUCAACCUCCGCCGCCGCGUCGUCGUCGUUGUCACUGGCGGCGCAACGGGGCGCGCACGCCGGGACUGCGUCCACGGGAUUCGGCGCUACGCCCUGCGCACGGGAUUCGGCGUCUGCGUCAAGAAGUCCUCCUUCACCAAGGCCGGCCUCUGCCGCCGCCUCGUCCUCGUCUGCAACAAGUGGGGCACCGGCAAAGAGGACGCCUGCUACCAGGCCAGGCCCACGGCCAAGACCAACUGCCAGGCCACCGUCGUCGCCAGGCUCUGGGUGGACAACUUGCUGCACCUCACGGAUGUGAACCUCGAGCACAACCACGCGCUCAACCCGUCCGCCGCGCGCUUCCUCAGGUGCUACAAGACGCUGCCUAGUGGGCUGAGCAAAGAUCUCGUGGUGAGGGCUGCCAGAGGAGAAUGCUCGGUGGCGGGUGACAUCGAUGUCCCGAUAUUUGAUGAGUGGGGGCGGCUUAAGAUGGGGGAAGCUGAUGUCGUGGCCAUCAACGGUUUCUUCGCCGAGAUGCAGGCAAAGCUGCCAAACUCCUUCUAUGUCAUGGACUUUUAUGUGGAGGGCCAUCUGAGGAGUGUUCUCUGGGCUGAUUCCAGAUCCAGGGCAGCGUAUCAGUAUUUCAGCGAUGCUGUUUGGAUUGAUACGACAUGCUUAAGGAACAAGUAUCAUGUCCCACUCGUUUCAUUUCUGGGUAUCAAUCAUCAUGGUCAGCUUGUAUUGUUAGGCUGUGGAUUGCUGUCAGAUGAGAGUACAGAGAGCUUCCUGUGGCUGUUCAGGUCAUGGUUAACUUGUAUGAAGGAACGGCCUCCAAAUGCCAUAGUUACUGAUGAAUGUGUGGCGAUAAAAGCCGCAGUUCGAGAAGUGUUUCCAAAGACACGCCAUAGAAUAAGUGAUUGGCAUGUAGUGAGAAGUAUUUCAGAGAAAAUAGGUGACUUGCCAGAAUAUGAAGCGUUGAGAACCGAUUUGGUCACUGUAAUAUAUGAUUCUUUGAUCGACAGUGAGUUUGAGGCAAGGUGGAAGAACUGGGUUGAUAGAUUUGGCCUUCAGGAUAAUGCAUGGAUCGCCUUUCUGUAUGAGAAUCGGCACUUGUGGGCCCCUGCCUUCCUCAAGGACACCUUCUGGGCUGGGCUCUGUACCGUUAGCCAGCAUGAAAGUCCAAGUACAUUUUUUGAGGAUGCACUCAGUUCAGAGACCACAUUGGUGACGUUCCUUGCCAGCUACAUGACACUUUUGGAUAACAGAUACAAAAUGGAGCAACAAGAUGAUUUUGAUUCAUUAAAUAGCAGCAGGGUCCUGAUAUCAAAGUACCAAAUGGAAGAACAGCUAUCCAGAUUGUACACCUUGAAUAUGUUUAUGAAGUUCCAGGAUGAGCUAAAGGCAACCAUGCAUUGUCAAGUUCAGCUGGAUGGGUCAGCAUCUUCUUUUAUAGUUAUUGAUUUGACUGAAGCAGGGAGUGAAAUGCUGAAUAAAAAGUACGAGGUUGUUCACUAUAUGGCGACAAACAGGAUGGAGUGUAACUGUGGCCUAUUUCAGUUUAGUGGUAUUGUUUGUCGGCAUGCAUUAUCUGUGCUUAAAUGGCAGCAAUUUCUUCGUCUCGUUGAGAUUGGGAUGACAUCAGACGAGAAGUAUAGGCAUGCAGUAAGGCUUCUUAAAGACAUGAAAGAAACCCUUCUUGAUGAUAAUCUGUGCCGUGAUUUGGAGCAGAAACUUACACCAGCUGAGCAUGCAAUUGUGAAUGGUGACAACCAUACACAACCUGGUUCAUCUGAGGGUGGUCCAGCGAAAAAGCGGCGAGGACGUCCUCCUAAAAAGAAUAAAGAGAUAAACGUGGAUUCCAUGGUAAACCAGUAUGGGAAUAAGGACUCCUUACUAGUAUCCUCAGACGUAACUCAGAAGGGUGCUUUUCAUUCUGCUUCAACUACCUCAAACCUUGGUACCCAUGUCCGGACACAUGGCAUUGUUGAUCUCAUGGAAGAAGUCCAUCCAAGUGAGCUGUCAUUUGACAGCCGUUAUGGGGUGCAAUCUGGCCCCUCGCAUCAUUUUGGUAACCAGCUAAAUGCUGGAAACACUUUACAGGUAAUCCUGUCAGGGAUCCUCUGUUUGGACUUUGGAGCAGCGAGGACUUCAGGAUGA